AUGAAGUGGCUUCCAUUACCAAAAAUAGCGCAUGGCAUUGCGAUUUAUCCAUUCUCUCCUUCCAGCAUUGCUACAAAUGCAGGCACUAUCACUACAACAUCCAACUCAACAAGGCCAUCGUCGGGUCUUUUAUCGAUACAUCAACAAGACGACAGUUCCGUUCAUACUGCUUCUACUUCCAGCGUCGAUCUGUCAGCAUCUACUCAAACUGAAGAUUACAGCCAUUUAAUACCAUUGGAAGUGGGAGAUGAACUCUUCAUCAUUGAACAACAAGGCCAGUGGUAUCGAGGCUAUGUAUCAUGCCCUUCAGAACAAGGUGUAAAGCCCAACAAGGCUCCAAUUGGAUGUUUUCCCAGAUCGCAUGUCCAGAUCAAGGAAUACCUCGAUAUUGAUCCAGAUGAAGCAGAUACCAUUGUAUACCGGAAAAGACGAGACACAUCCACCACCUCAUCCAGACCAUUAUCAGAACUGAACGCCCUGCCUCGCUCUUUCUCAGAAUCCUACAUUCACAACACAGUCGACCUACCCUCCUCCACCAUUCGGCCUGGUAGUUUUGGCGAUUUGAAUUUUGAUUUUGAGACACCUGAUGUCAAGAAAUCAGUGGCUCAUAUACCCCCACCUCCAUUACCCUUAGCACGCUAUGAUCAGUCUACGGUAACAGGCAGCUCUGAACCUCUGGUGGAUGAGAUUGCUGCUUGCGUCAGUGAAUGGAACAGUUUAUUAUAUACCUUUAUCAGUCAACGUCAGUACAAUACCUUCAACACAGUGCGAGAUCACAUCAAUUAUCUGUUUCAAGCACGUCGACAGUUGUUGGAUCAGGCUUUGUCGAGGGAGGAGUUGGCAAAGCUCCGUAAAGAGAUCAUCAAUCGUAUGGUUGUCAGUAACAUCCAGUUGAAUCAAGACAUGAUUAUUCGACAUCCUGACAAGGGCUACUUACUGGAUUCUACCAACGCAUCGCUCAGCACCAUCUACCGCAUGCAUUUCAAGUAUGCGACACAUGCCUCCAGUGCCGUCACCAGCACACCAACCAAAAAAUUGGUAGACAACGCCAUGCUGGAUCGCUCUGCCAGCACCAGCACGGUCAACACCAUGUCCUCCAAUGCUGCGAAUACAUCUGCGCAUGGUCAGCCAGUGUCUCCUGUUACCAUGGCAACUGCAACAACUGCUGCUGCUGCUGCUCAGCAGCCAAAAGGAGCCAGAUUUUAUCACUUGUUUUUCGAGCUCAAGGCGUGUGUUGCUCACAUCUGUCAACCUGGCGAAUUUACUGAGCUGUAUUUCUCCUUGUACAGUGCUGUAGACGGCAAAUUUUUGACCGAGCAGUUUGUCGUUGUGCUCAAUUACAAUGGCAUGCCCAAAGACGAAUCGCAAAUUGGCAAGUUGCAGACGUUAUUUGUGGAUCUUUCAUUGCACGACAUUACAGAGGAUCUUUACAUGGUGUGUCAUGUGGUGCGUUUGGGAGGCAUGAAGCUUGGAGACGGUAAGGAUCACUUUGGCAAUAUCGGCACCCACACAUCGCAGUUCUUUCACUCCAACAAACAUCUCCAUCAGCCGUUCCAGAAACCAUCCGCUACCGCCAUUGCCAACACCAUGUGCAGAAGACCAUUUGGCUGUGCGGUCUUGAAGCUCAGCUCAUUGGCUUCGUUGCACAACAGUGAUGAGAAAGCAAGUAUUGAACAUGAUAUGCCCGUCUAUGCUGCAAUCUCGGAGGCAAACUAUACAACGUUGCACGAGGACAUUAUAGCCAACAAUACCAAGGAAUUUCAAAAGAACCCACGUGCAGAGUCGUUGAGAGUCUCGUUGCGUACGUUUUUUGGGUUCCUGGAUGAGGUGCUCAAGACCAACGCUGCACUGCUGCAAGACAUUCCACAUACACUGCGACUGGGUUUUGCGGACGUAGCCUUUCCUGAUGAUAGCCGAAACGAUCUGUAUAUCAAGCUGGAGUCUGGCGACCUGACUCAGUUUGGUCGAUCUCGUAAUAUUCAAGUGACCAUGUGUGUGCGUGACAAUAGAACGGGUCAAGUCAUUGAGAAUGCUAUUUCAGUGGGUGCUGGUGCGCGUCCAGUGAGCUAUUGGGAGAGCAUGGUCAUUUAUCAUGAGCAGCGUCCGAAAUGGGGAGAACUGAUUAAGAUCAAUAUUGAGGAUGUGCAUCAAUGGGAGCGCUCGCAUGUCUUUUUGACGGUCAAACAUCGUAGCAGCAAUUUCACAGGUUCAGGGUCCAGCACACCUAUGCUGAAAUUUGGCAGCAGUAACAGCAGUAAUGGAUAUCAAGCUCAACAAGCAAGUGUAGAUGCCCCUACACAGUCAUCCACAUCUGUUGUAUCUGCAACAUCGGGCGGUGGAGAAAAGAUCAUUGCCAUGGGCUUCCUUCCUUUGUUCUUGCCUCCUCUGCACCGUGAUUUUGUCGCAGAUGGAUCUCACACACUCAAUCUGUACAAGUACGAUCGACAGUCGUCUAUGCCUCGCUAUUACUUGGACAACAUGCCUUGGUGUCUUCGAUCCACUGCACCGUCUAACAUGGUGCACCCGUCAUCCAUGGAUGCGAAAUCACCUCGUCCUUCUUACCGCACCAAAGGCCACGCGCACUCACCUUCCACACAAAGCUUCAAGAGUUUGAGCGGGUCUUUCAAUUCAUCAGCUACUGCGUUCAACACUACCAGUGCGUCCAACAGUCUCACUGAUGUGUCUUCAGCAGCACCACAGCAGCAGCAACAGCAACAGCCCUCCCCCAACAGCAGCACUAAGCAGCUUGUAUUGUUGCGCGAUACCAUCACGCUCAAUACAUUCUUGUGCUCCAACAAGUUUACUCAAAACAAAGUUCUCGUCAAGCUGCUGAAUUGGCGUGCUUUGAUGGAAGGCUCUUUGGAGGAUGGCACAGUUGAGCUCCUGUCUGUGCUGGAUCAGUUUACCUUUGUGGGUGAAGUGGAAGUGGUGAAAUUCUUGGGUGACAUUUUUGACGCCUUGCUGGAUAUUUUGGCCUAUGAGGACGACGAUAUCAGCGAACUGGUGACCAGAGAAAUCCAUGACCAAGUGCUUGCUGCUAUUGUCUGGCUACUGGGCAUCGUGCAAGACCGUCGAUUCAGCAACUUUCGACCUGUACUGGAUGUCUAUAUCCAGAAUAGAUUUUCAAUCCAAGACUAUGAGCGUGUAAGUCACCAGUUAUUCACCAACAACAAUGGCAACAACAAGCGAGAAACGCGUAAUUACAGCUACCGUCUUGCACCUGAAACCACAUUUGAGCACUUGAUGAAGAGCUUGUCUCGUUUAUGCAAAGAUCCCAGCGACGCAUCCAAAGCCAAGCUACUGAGAAGCAGCAUGAAGGUGUGGGACUAUCUCUUUCGCUUCAUUGUCAGGUCUCGCUUGAAUCAGCAGCAAAAGGAGCAUGAGGAGGAACGUGCUGUCAACGAUGAGACGUUCAAGAAGGAACUGGACAAGUUAUUGCAGGAGAUCACUAGCAUCAUGGACCCUGAACACCCCAGUUCCAUGAUUGGCACACAGACACUGGCCCUACAACACUUUGCUGAUAUCUUGGUGGAACUGCACAGAAUACUCUCUCCCCAGCAAGUGCUUGACGUGGCUGUGCAAUUUGUCGAUGCGUGUACUCAUGUCACGGGCAGAUUGGUAGGCUUCAAACUCGCCAUGAUCCUCGGCAUUGUCAAGGGUCCCACUUUUGAGUAUCCAUCAUGUAGACUGGAGAUGGCCAAGCAUAUAAUUCGCUGGAUCAGACUGUGGUUGAACUCGUACAUGGCUACUGCCAAGGAUGUCAUCUUUGCUAGGCAAGUAGAGCAGCAGCAGCAACACCCAGAUAGCAACAACCCUCAGCAGACUCGACUCCCGAGAUCACAGUGGAUAGAGAACUUGCGACUGUCAACCACCAUCUUGAGUGAAUUACUAGACAGAGUGAGGAAGUCCUUUGGCUUGACAUCUUCUGGAUUGACAUCGUCGUGUAUAUCAUCACCCUCCAUCAGCAACUACUCGCGACCUACUUCUUUUGCAGCGACGAAUGAUGACGAUGCCUUUGCUCAAGAGUGUUCCGUGACGGAUAUGAGUCAAGUCACCGAGUAUGCGCUUCAAUUGGUACCUCAGCUACUGAAUGCGUACAAGGACAUUCAGAGGUUGACUGUGCAAGCCAUGCAUGUGUCUAGCGUGUCUCCAGGUACGCCUAUCAUUGACUCUCAUCUAACCCAUGGAGGAGGAGGAGGAGGAUCUGCAUCAAAUCCUGGUUCAAGACCUCAUUCGCGUCAGUCGUUUAGUAUCUUGAGGGAGAGGGCGAGUUCCAUUGGUGCCAAUACGAGCAAGAACCCUCUGCUAGCGCCUGACAUUGUUCAAGAGAUGCAGGGCAAUCUUCAUCAAAAGUCUGCUUCGAUUGCGAAUGGUGGCGUUGCAACAAUACCCAGUGGUCCAAAUGAUGCCAUUACCAACAUAAACAUCCACAACAGCAGCGACAACAACAGCAACAAGUCUAAGUUUACGGUGGUAUUGCAAGCAUUGUCGACAUCACCGGCUACGCCAUUUCCUAGCACGUAUCCUUUCCAGCCUGCCAUCAAGACAUCCUCCACAUCUGGCGGUAAACAAGGGUUGACCAGUGAUCAAGCAGCCAUGAUCAGUACGGGUCUGUUGGAUAUGACAGUGGUCAUCUUGGAGCUGUUCUACAUGACACCCAGGCAGCAGUGGAUUACCUUUAUCAAAAAGAUGCAAGCUCAGGACGGUAUUGAGGACACGGCUGAAUUCUUGCGCAAGAUUGUGUACACAUGUAUGGGCAUCCUGUUUGGUGAUAACGUCUUGACAUUGGAAGAAUCCAGCUUGACCGUGGAUGGCAUGUCCCGCAGUGAAGAGGAUGAAAUGCGAGACAGACGAAGAAUACCAAAAAAAUGGCUCAACUUUGAUGCCAUUGCGCAUCAAAUUAUUUUAUGCAAUAUUUUGGAACCCAUCAAGUCCAUCUUUGAGCUUCCUGCCUUCAUUCCCACUGAAAAAGCGUACAUGCCUAUGGAAGAGGAUGACGACAUGUUGCCUACCAUGGAUGAAGAAGGCACGCUACCUGACACACCACACGAGCAGCAGAGCAACCAGAAACCAUCGAGUAGUAAUGUGGCUGAACAGAGAUCUACCUUGUUGUUGUGGAGAAUCUUUUAUGUUGGCUUUUUGCGUGUGGUAGGCAGCCCAAGACUGGAGUUGUCUGAAUCCAUGCCUCAGGUACAACGUGCUGUCUGGAAGAUCACUGGUAACAUGCGUGGUGAAGUGGGUGCCAAGGUCUUUUUGUCCUUGUGGAAGUUGGCUGGAAAGAGUGCAAGCUGUACAGCGGCUGGUUUUGGUACACUGAAUGACUAUGAUGUUACAGCCAACAAACCGCCUUUGACUGAUUACUUUGGUUCUGAAUUCUCGCACCAAUCACCCGUGUCGUCGACAUCAGAAUUUAAUCAUUUCAACGAUGAUUCUCUUCGUCAAAGCAUGGCAUCGAUUGAAGAAGUAGACGAUGACGAGCACGAAUUCAACACCAAUGGCCCAUCCAAUCGCACCAGUAGCACCAACAACUACUCGGUACGUAACAGUGUGCGUAUUGGCCCCACCGAUGAGGUACCACUGUCAUCCAUUCAUGAGGAGCAUUAUACCGAUAUCGUAGCCAAGUCUGAAGUCUCCUUCUUGCAAGCUGAUUUGGCUUACUUUAUCCUCAGUCCCCUGUGUGCUGUCAGUCUGACGCUACAUGAUCGCGUCCGAGUGAAUGCUUUGUCCAUCAUUGCUGACAUCAUUGCCAUUGAACUCUACUCCUAUGGUGAAUUGCUCCAUGUGCAGCAUGUGGUUAUCAGUACGCUGGAUCGUUUGGUCAUGUCUGGAAACAAGGGAAAUGAAGUUAUCAAUGCACGAAUCACUGUGGAGCUGAUCGCAGCGCUAGAGCAACGACUGCUUGCUGAUAAUCGACAGGAUUGCUUGAUUGUGGGUACAAGAGCUGUUGAAUCACUGUGCAAAUUCCAUGGAUUGUUACUGCAAAUCAGAAGUCUGCCUUCAGAUGACGAUGAGUUUAUGGAUGAACGCAUUACGGCCACAUUGAAACUGAUGAAGUUUAUCCAAGUGAUUGAAAGAGAGGAAAUCUACAUCAAGUAUGUGCAUCAACUGGUACAAUUGCAUUUAGAUAGUCGCAACUUUAUUGAAGCUGCUCUGACGUUGCGCUUCCAUGCCGACCUACUGCAAUGGGAUCCUAGUGACAAAUUAAGCGACAUCGCCGAUCUGGCACUGCCAGUACAAAGCUCAUUUUCCCGCAAAGAAGGACUCUACAUGAAGAUGAUUACAUAUCUGGAUCAAGGCAACGCCUGGGAGAUUUGUGUGCAGCUUUGCAAGGAAUUGGCUUAUGAAUAUGAGAAUACGCUGUAUGAUUAUGUCAAGUUGAGUGAGAUUCUCCAGCGUCAAGCUACGUUUGCCGAAAACAUUGUCAAAAAGGAACGCUGCUUUACUGAAUACUUUCGUGUUGGUUUCUAUGGCCGUGGCUUUCCUGCUAGCAAUCGCAACAGACAGUACAUUUAUCGUGGCCUGGAGUGGGAAAAGAUGUCUUCGUUUGUGGAGAGAAUGCAAAAUCGACAUCCCAAUGCUCAGUUGCUGCCCAGCAAAAUAUCCAAUUCCAUGUCCAUUACAGACGACCAGCUAAAAGAACUCGACAGUGCACUGGAUGGCCAGUAUUUGCAGAUUACACCUGUGACACCUAUCCCAGAUACGGAUGAUAUCCCCUGUCUCUCCAACCCAAAUGCACCAGACAGCAUCAAGAAAUACUAUGCCUUCAACAACGUAUCUAAGUUCUCUUUCUCUAAACCUGUGACAAGAGAAGCCACUGACAAAUCCAGUGGUGGUGGCGAAAAUGACAAGCAACCUGAAUCUGAUUUCUUGAAUCUAUGGACUGAAAAGUUUGAUUUUGAAUGUGAGGAUAAAUUCCCAACCAUCGUCAGAAGAUCCAAGAUUGUCAGCUCGCAAACAAGCGUGAUAUCGCCUAUCGAAAAUGCUGUUACUGCCAUGGAAAACAAAAACAAAGAACUUGAAUCGUUAGAGAAGAAAUAUGCUGCCUAUCUUCCCAAGAGUGGUCGUCGCAUGUCGAGUCUGGCACCACCCGUCAAUAUCAACCCAUUCUCCAUGUCACUCAACGGUGCUGUAGAUGCUCCAGUCAAUGGUGGUGUGCCUCUAUACAAGAAGGCCUUUUUGAGUAAAGAAUAUUGGGACAAGAACCCAGACAUGCGACAAUGGAUAUACAGGCUUCAAAAUGCCAUUCAGGAUCAGGUCUUGAUUAUCAAGAAAUGUCUGGAAACCCAUAAUAAGCUCGUGAGCAAUGAAAUGCGACCUUUCCAUGCGACAUUGACUGAAUUCUUUAACAAGAACUUUGCUGAGGAAAUCAAAUCACUCAAAGCAAAGAGCAUCAAGGAAGAAAUCAAAGAAGCCCCCUCACUCAGCAUUUCGACCAACAAUUCACUCAAUCGUCGCCGUUCAACACUCUCCAGUAGCACUACAACAGAAAACAACAGCGUUUACAGUCAUCCUCCAGUCGAUGAUGCCAAGCUCAUAUCACCUAGUCUUUCUCGUCAAAACACAAAUACACAAACCCCUGGUGUUGGUGGCGUUCCUGUACUGCCUACGCUACCUGUUAUGUCGCCCAUCAGUCGAGCCUUCUCAAUCCGUACACCAGUGACAGAAAACUCGCCUGGACUAUCUGUUUCUGGUCUGACAAAUAGCAACAACACCGCUUUUGAAAAUGCUACCAUGUCUCGUGCUGAAAGUCUAUCUCGUACAUUGAAGAUGUCAUUGCGUAAAAAGUCUCGCAAGAAGUCGCAAAAUACAGGCAGUGGAAGCAAUUCAGCACAUCAUGUUUCUUCCAAUAAUGGCAGCAGUAUGCUUGAUUAA